GAGUUCCUUUGUUUCAUGAAAGUUGAUCUCACUAAGCAAUGGGUAGUAUAUCACAGCCCCAGCUGGUGCCAUUUCCGUUAUUGAUGAAUGGGAAUUACACAGCAAGCACCAUUCCUUGGAGGCUCCCUUCCGACGAUCCAAGCAUUCCCACACCCAUCGAGCUAUCUUGGCUUAAUCUCUUCCUCAACACAAUCCCCACCUUCAAGAAGCAUGCUGAGAGUGAUACUUCUGUUCCUGAUGCUGUGAAUAAAGCUGAAGAAUUUGCUCAAAGGUUUGCUAGAAUAAUUGAAGAUUUCAAGAAAGAUCCUGCAAGUCAAGGCGUGCCUCUUGAUGUCCUUCUUCCAUGCAGACUUCGUGAGCAAGUCCUUAAAGAACUGGGAUUCAGAGAUAUCUUUAAGAAAAUAAAGGAUGUAGAGAAUGCAAAUGCCAUAUCCCUAUUUGAGAAUGUUGUUCGUCUUAAUGAUGCCAUUGAAGAUGAAGGGAAACGACUAGAGAAUUUAGUUAGAGGAAUUUUUGCAGGGAACAUAUUUGAUCUUGGUGCUUCACAGCUUGCAGAGGUUUUCUCUAGGGAUGGAAUGUCUUUUUCGGUUACUUGUCAAAAUCUUGUCCCUCGACCUUGGGUUAUAGAUGAUCUUGAAACUUUCAAAAUGAAAUGGAGCAAGAAGUCCUGGAAGAAGGUAAUCAUAUUUGUUGAUAACUCUGGUGCAGAUAUCAUUUUGGGUAUUCUGCCAUUUGCAAGGGAGCUACUUCGGCAUGGGAGUCAGGUUAUAUUGGCUGCUAAUGACUUACCUUCCCUCAAUGAUGUGACUUAUGCUGAGCUACUUGAAAUUAUAUCAAAGUUAAAGGAUGAAGAAGGAUGUCUCAUGGGUGUCAGUACUUCAAAUCUUAUAAUUGCCAACUCUGGAAAUGAUUUACCUGUUAUUGAUCUUACAAGGGUGUCACAGGAACUUGCAUACCUUGCCAAUGAUGCAGAUCUUGUCAUCUUAGAAGGGAUGGGUCGUGGAAUAGAAACAAAUCUCUAUGCUCAAUUUAAAUGUGAUUCCCUCAAGAUAGCUAUGGUAAAACAUCCUGAAGUUGCGGAAUUUCUUGGGUCACGUUUGUAUGAUUGCGUGAUCAAAUAUGAUGAACUUUAGAGCUUAAAAUUAAGGCUGAUUCUUUACUUUGAUAAAUACCUAACACUACAUUUGCAAUUAGUCCAGGCUUAUUGUUUCAACUGCAUAUGCUUCCAACUUUCCAAGUAAUCAAAAUUCAAAAACUUAAUUUCUCAAUUCUUACAAUGACUAUUUGCUCCAACGUUUAUAAAACUUUAGAGUUCACGAAGUUA